AUGACACUGAAGAUGAUGGGAAAAAAGGUGCAACCAAAGUCCAUCGUGAUCGGCGGCCAGUACGACCACCGUGUUCAUUAUCGUAAGAGAUCAUCUAUGUUGAAAACCAAAUAUUUAUCCGUCAUUUCUUCCAUGAGAAAGUCCAUCCAAAAAUGCCACCGUCGCCUGGUCGAGUUUUUCUCCAAACUGGAAGGCGCAAGACGCCGAGGGCAAGGCUUCUUAAUCCUUCAAACGGAAGAAUCCGGCAGUGGUGGCUUCAAAAGCUGUAACAGGGCUAGACUGCAACUCGAAUUCGAGGCCGAUUCCUAUUUGACUUCAGUUCUUGUAUCAAGAAAAGACAACAGGAACCGGUUGCCUCCAUUGGCUUCGGAUGAAUUAAAGACCAUCGUUCUCGAUCUGGACGAGACCCUGGUUCAUUCAAGCCCAUACCAACCACCAAUAACGUAUGAUUUCGUGAUUAAACCCAGCAUUUACGGUCUAGAAAUGAACUUCUACGUAUUGAAAAGGCCCGGGGUGGAUGAAUUCCUGGAAGCAAUAAGUAAAAAGUACGAGGUGGUGGUGUUCACCGCCGGGCUGGAGCCAUACGCUUCAUCGUUGCUCGAUGUUUUAGACCCCAAGGGCUUGAUAUCUCACCGUUUAUACAGAGAUUCAUGCAAGCAAUUAGGCAAAGGAAGAUACGUUAAGGACUUGUCGACGAUAGGGAGGGAUCUUGAAAAGGUAGUGAUUGUUGAUGAUAACCCUAAAUCAUAUUCUUUGCAACCUGCAAAUGGCAUCCCCGUAAAACGAUUUGAAGGUGACAUGGAAGACAGGGAAUUGGAGAAGCUGAGGAUGUUUUUCGAAAGACAUUGCGAUGGUUUUAAGGACAUGAGGGAUGCAGUUAAGCAGUGUUGUGGUGGUGAUACAAUGUUGACGCAAACUCAAGAGUUCAUCAAUAACCUCACAAUAAAGCAUAUAUAA